AUGUGUACGGUGAUAUACUAUUCCUUUGAUUGUGGCCACUACAUCACGCGAUGCCAAUCCCGUUGCGGAGGAACCAAGGUCAAGGAAAGACGGGACAGCCGAAGAGCAGCUUGCACAGCCGAGGGAUACGUCACGAUCAAGCGCUCAUUUCCCUGCAGUAAGUGCUCAAGAGAAGCCUGGUUGUCACACUGGGAAAAGCGGCUCGAGAAAGCUAGGCGAUUUUACAAUGAGCUUGUGAAAGAGAAAUUACCUGGGGCACGGGCGGUCUCUGAACUGAUCAAUCAGCUCGAUAAAGAGUAUGAGCUGGAGGCGUGGGAGCUCAGAAACACUAUCCCGCAUGGUGACAGAGCAAGAAUUCGAAGAGUGACUCCAGCAAAGGCGAGAUGGAGCAAGCUGCCACCUUCGCCAUUGAAGCGAGAAGUGCAGCCUGAAGAGAUCGUACUGCCAGUCAUCACCGAGCUGGUUUACAAUAAGGAUGACGACGAUUGGGUGCCCAGCGCCGAUCCGCUGCAUCCCAUCGACACCAACUACGAACUUGUUGAUGCUGGAAUCGAUGACGAUUACCUCAGAUCUCUUCUUGGGGAAGACCCAGGAGAGGUUGCAGAGCCCGAGCAAGACAAUGUAGCCCCAUUUAACACAAGCUGGGACUGGAAUGAUGGAACUAGCGAAACAGCAGAGCCGAAUAUGAAUCAGCUGAUGGCAUGGAAUCUAACAGCCGCAGACACUGUCUCUUCUGGUGAGAUAGGCCCUCAUGAGCUGCGAAAGCAGGAAGAUGGGCAGCAAGAGCAGAUUAAGAAGGUGAUCAAGGCUUUUUGGGACGUUGUCAACAUCACCAAUCACAAUGGCCAGCCUCAAUCACCUACGGAAUCCACCGAAGAUGUAAGCAUCAACGCCGAUACUUCUGACCAUACAAACCCAGCGGGCCUCCAGCAUCCCUGGAUCGACAGUCGGUCAGAUACACCAAACACAUCACCGCCCAUGCAACUUCAAGCGCCGCAGUCAAACCAAGACCAACACCGCCCCUACUACGCGCAGUGGCUUGUGGAGUGUCGCUUGGAAAUCAGAGAAAUGGUGGGACCUGAUGGAGCGUGGGUUCCGGAUCCUGCUAGUUUCAAGGCAUGACUAUGGCUACGAUUGC